UGUUUUUGAUUUUUGAACUAAUUCGAAGAAUAUACUGAAAUCUUUAUCAUGUCUGGAAAGAUGAUCUCAUUCAGUUUCACCAUCCCUAAGAAAGACUUGCUGGCCCAUGUUCAACAGACACCAGGAGCACCCACCCCUACCUCGCCCGAGUAUCUAAUUGUAGACCAAAGUGGACAGAAUUGCACUGGAACAUUCAAAAUGGGAGCCGGGGCAGGUAAUGACCAGGUGAAUGUGAAGGGUGAAGCAUCAACUUCAUGGGGUGUGGAUAAUGAACAGCCAGAAAUGGGUGCCCCAGUUGUUAAAGCGGAGCCAAACUUCAAUCACAAUGACUCGGGGUUCUCUGAUACACAAUCUGCGUCACCGGUGAUAAAAGCGGAACCAGGUCUCGAGCUGCCAGUUGGAGCACCUGCCAUGAAUCCAUCAAUGACCUCGACACCAGUGAAGCACGAAGGCGUAGUAAUGGAUGCAACUUCUGGUAAAAACAAGUGCACCUUCUGUGGCAAGUUGUUUGCGACCAAAGCAGGAGCAACGAAACAUGUCGCCUCUCAACACAAAUCAGCCUAGAAUGUCAGACAGAUGAUAUAGUUUAACUUGUUUGAAACUCAUCGGAUUGAAAUUUGAAUUUAUGCACUUGCUAUAGGCGGGUGUUUUGUAGUCUAGUAAUUGAAUUAGACUGAAAUUUUUGAGUGCUUUCAGAAUGAAGCGCAAUUAGGCUACGAUAAUUGUGAAGUAGAUGAAAACGCCAUCUACUGGAUGGUUGAAACGUUGUGAACAGAAUUUUUGCUAUGCAUAAAUUUGUUAUUUGAAUUUUAGCUGUUGUGUUCUUGUUAGAAGCUGUAUCUGCAUUCAAUGGGAUUUUAUUGCGAAGCUGAUAUUGAUAACGAUGAAUUUAACUUCCGAAACUCGCAGUUUUUUUUGCAGUAUGAAAGAAACUGUUAAUUGAUAGCUUAGCUUACUGAUUUUAGAGCUUGCAUUUUCAGAAGGCCUUGGUCUAGCUUUGUUGCUACUGGUCAUUGAAAACAAUCAGUUAGGAACUUGAAUGAAUAGUGUGAAAAUGUCUGGAAGACAGAUCUCAUUCUCAUUUACUGUUAAGAAGGAAACUCUGCUGACCCCUAACCCGGCAGGUGCUGAAUAUCUCAUCAUGAGCAAAGACGGAAGUGCGUGCCAAGGCCAGUUCAAGUUUGACGGAAAAGUUGACCCACCAGCUGCUGAACAGAGCGCAUCAUCGGCAUUUGUGAAAUCCGAGCCGGGCUUGGAACAAAAUGAAGUUUCAGGUGCUCAGGUAACACCAACUGUCAAGGAUGAGCCUAUGGAUUUCGGGAAUGCGACUCCUGCAGUCAAUGACUCUGGUUAUUUCGAAGGGGAACCUGAUAUCAAUAACAACUUCUAGAGCAAUACGAAUAGAAGCGAACCAAAACUCAAUGAAUUGAACUUGUUUUUGUUAGUUGUGAAAAGAAAGAUUUGCAGUAAAAUAGACGUUGAGAAUUCUGAUUAUAUAAAUUUCGAAUGAAAUAGCGAACUCAAAAUAGAUAGCCUAAAUAGGCGUUAGUUUAAUUGAAGCCGUGCCAUGAUUGUUAUUAA